GGCGCAGGCUCAGCUUUCGGCGCCACGGCAAGUCAACUUCAACAGCUUUGUGCGAAAGAUUGUCGCCCUCACCUUUCCUUUCUCCCGACCACAAGUGUAGCGGAACCCGUGAGUACUCUCUCACUGGCGUACGGACAAACUGCUCUUUGGGGUCAUUCUUUAACGAAUAAAGUCGGUGGUGUUACCCACUUGUAACAUUUCUCACUCGGUACUGCUGCAAAGAAUAUAAUGAACAAAAUGAAAACCUCAGUGGAAGGCAGGAAAGCAUCACUAAAGAGAAAAGAAAAUAUAAUGUCUUCUCAAAAGAAGAAACCAUGCUUCAAUCGGAUCAAGGAAGAGUUUCCAAAGGAAAAUGAUUUUCAUUCUUUUAAGGAUCCUGGUGAGAUUUACUCCAUCAGGGAAAAACUACUGUCUUGGUAUGACAAAAGCAAAAGGGAGUUGCCAUGGAGGACAGUGGCUAUGACAGAAUCCAAUUUGAACAAAAGGGCCUAUGCAGUUUGGGUAUCAGAGAUAAUGUUGCAGCAAACACAAGUUGCCACUGUGAUUAACUACUAUAACAAAUGGAUGCAGAGGUGGUCAAACCUGCAGGACCUUGCUAAAGCCACUCUUGAGGAAGUUAAUGAAAUGUGGUCUGGUCUUGGAUAUUACUCCCGCGGAAGAAGACUGCAUGAAGGAGCACAAAAGGUUUUGUCAGAGUUCAAAGGUGACAUGCCAAAGAGUGCAGAAGAGCUGCAAAAGCUGCUGCCUGGUGUUGGGAGAUACACAGCUGCUGCUAUUGCCUCAAUCGCAUUUGGGCAGGUAACUGGUGUGGUUGAUGGGAAUGUCACACGAGUUCUGUGCCGUAUGAGAGCAGUUGGAGCAGACUGCACCAGCCCGUCAGUGAUUGAAUCCCUUUGGAUAUUGGCUAAUACCUUGGUGGAUUUGGUUAGACCAGGAGACUUUAACCAGGCUAUGAUGGAGCUGGGAGCGACUGUCUGCACUCCCAAAGCUCCCCUUUGUGCAGAAUGCCCUGUUCAGACCUACUGUAGAGCUUACCAAUGGGUUAUAAAAGAACAGGAAAUGGUCUCAAAGAAACUGCCAGGUAUCACUGUUUCAAAGAUCUCCUCCACCCCAGACAUUGAAGAGUGUGGUGGUGGAGGAAACUGCCCUCUAUGUUUGCCUGACAAAGAACCCUGGGAUAGCGAUCUUGGAGUUAUGAAUUAUCCAAGGAAACCUACAAAAAAGCCUCCACGAAUAGAACGCACACUGACCUGUGUGGUGACACGGAAGAGGGAAAAUGAAGAUGCAGAAGAGUAUUUCCUUGUUCAGAGACCCAGCACUGGACUCUUGGCUGGAAUGUGGGACUUCCCUAGUAUUCUAUUGGACGCUGAAGUGAAAGAAAAAAAGCAGAAGCAAAUGAUUUCUGACCGGCUCACAGAAUUAACAAGAAAUCUAGUUCCGAGUACAGAUGUGCAGUACAUUGGGGAGGUAGUACAUAUAUUUUCUCAUAUUCAUCAAACCUAUCUUGUGUACAGUAAUUUAUUUAAUGACACGACUGGAGAUACUGUGAAGCAAGAGGACCUGGAGCAACCUUCUUGCCGUUGGGUUACUGAGGCAGAAUUUUUUCAAUCAGCUGUUCCUACUUCCAUGAAGAAGGUCUUUCGUUUGUUUAAACACUCAAGUGUGAUGGAGAAGGGUGACAAAUGUGGCACGGAAAAACUUGGAAAGGAACAAAAAGGAAGGAAACACAGAGCACCAAAAGACUUGAGUGGACGACAGCUCUCAAUGGACAGUUUUUUACGUCCUGCUCCGAUUAAGCCAUUGUAGUUGGCUUAAUGUCAGAUAAUCAUUCACCUUUCACUUUUUGACAUCUACAGCUAAUUCAGAUAAAGGCCAAAUAUUUGUUUCAUCUCUAAGGAUUUGGUUAUGUUAAAGUCAAUGUUUUGAUCAUAUACCUUCACUGCCAUUUAAAGUUCGCAACUAAUUUAUGCCCAUUGGAGUACAUUUUCUCAUAGAGAACAAUUGCCAAAGUUUUACAUAAUUUCUGUAGUUUUUUAUAAAUUGUUUUAAUUUUAUACUGCAUUUCCAAAAGAUCUUUUAACAGAAAUUCUUAAAGGUAAGAAUUAGUGUAAUCAUUGAUCAUGUUUCAGACAACUUAAUAACUUAAUUCUUCAUUAAUAUAUAACCUAUAGACACUGUUUCACUUAUGCUGUUGACUUUUGUACUGAUAUUUUCCAUUUGUCUCAGCCUAAAGGUAGUUGGGUGUGUGUAAGAUCACCAGGCGGUUUGAACAAGGCAACGUGCAGAAAUGUUACACUGUGUCCCCUUCUACAAUUUACCAUGAUCUGAGUAGAACUGUUAGUAAGAAUUGUCAAAUAAAGACCAUAUCCUUCCCACUCACUUUGUAGGAAGGCAGGCUUAAUCACGGGCUGAAUUAUUUCCAUCUAAAUCUAAUGUACAGUAACUUGUAAUCGACUGAUGACUGCCUCCUGAGAAAAUGGCUAGGCUCUUGCAGUAAGUCACCUUCUACCCUGUCCGCUCUUGGAUACUGGAUAACUUGGUAAAAAGAAAUAAAAAUAGUUAUCCAAAUCUGGCAAUAUAUUUCAAGACAGUAUUCAUUUAGCUUAUAAUUUUCCUUUUAUGUUUCGAUCAAACAGAAAAUGUAUUUUCGUAGAGGCUCAUUAAUAAAUUUUAUUUUUUGUGAAUCCAAUAAAUCUAUAGUGUUAAUGGGAGCUCCUACCAUCAUAUGUUGUGCUAUUAGGGCAAGAUAAAAGUAAUGUUCAGAGAAUUUUUAUACUAAUAUUGAUUUUGGAGAUUUCUGCUCUGUAUAAAAGCCUGUGUAACCUCAGGUGCAUAUGUAGACUGCAAUUUGUAAUUGGUUGUAUUGUGUAGUGCCAUCUUGCUUUAAUUAUUGCUUCUCAUAAGAUGUCAAUCAUUGUUUCUGAGAGAAAUUGUACCAUUACUUGAGUGUGGAACAUCUUUUUACCUGUUUUAUCUGAUGACAAACAUUUUGUAUCUUUUUAAUGAUCAGCAGUUUUCUAAAUAAAUGCUCUGAAGUAGA